AUGACCGCUCGCAGACCUUAUGGUGGAACCGUACGGAAGCUCCUCAUGGCCAUCGACAUCGGCACCACGUUCAGCGGUGUCUCCUACAGCAUCUUGGAUCCCGGGCAGGUCCCCCAAGUCUUCGGGGUGAACCGCUUUCCCGCGCAGGAGCACGCUGGCGGGGACUCCAAAAUCCCGACGAUCAUUCUCUACGAUACGAAAGGCAAUAUCCGCGCCGUCGGGGCGGAAACUCUCGAGGAGGAGACGAUCCUGCGAGCGGCAGACGAGGGCUGGACACGAUCGGAAUGGUUCAAGUUGCAUCUUCGGCCCCGCGCGUCUGAUCCCAGGCAGGAGCUGUCGACCCUUCCACCCCUUCCGCCAAACAAGACCGUCGUCGACGUCUUCUCCGACUUCCUGGCCUAUAUGUUCAAGUGCGCGCGAGAUUACAUUCAGGAGACGCACCCCGGCGGCGCUCAGCUCUGGUCGUCGGUCGCCGAGAACAUCGACUUUGUACUUACCCAUCCGAACGGCUGGGAGGGCAGUCAGCAAUCGCUCAUGCGUCUGUCGGCGAUACAAGCGAAGCUCGUGCCGGACAGCGACUCUGGGCGUGCGCGCGUCUCGUUCGUGACGGAAGGUGAGGCGAGCUUGCACUUCUGCUUGAGCAAAGGCCUCAUCUCCGAGGGUGUCAAGGCCGACAAUGGCCUCAUCAUUGUCGAUGCGGGCGGCGGAACGAUUGAUUUGAGUGCGUAUACGCGGCAGAAAGGCGGACAGAAGGUCUCGUACGUAGAAAGUGCACCGGCGCAGUGUCUCUUCAAGGGUGCAAUCAUGGUUACGCGCAACGCGCAGACAUAUAUCAAGGACCGCCUCAAAGGCUCAAGAUACUUCGAUCGCGCAGCGGACAUCGCGGAUACCUUCGAUAAGACGACCAAGCAGACCUUCAAGAACGCGAAGACGCCGGCGUACGUCAAGUUUGGCGGAAUGGGUGACAGUGACACGGCGUACAACAUACGCGGAGGCAGGCUCGUCAUUGCUGGCGCCGACAUGGCCAAGUUCUUCCAGCCGUCCGUGUCCGCGAUAGCCCAGGCUGUCUUGCGCCAGCGUGAAGAGGCCAAGCUGACAGCUCCGUCCAUUUUCCUUGUCGGCGGAUUCGCGGCGUCGACGUACCUCUAUGCCCAGUUGCGCGAGAGCCUUUCCCAGCUGGGAAUGGACGUCUGCCGGCCUGAUAGCCACAUCAACAAAGCGGUCGCAGAUGGUGGCGUACUAUAUGUUCUUGAUCACCGGGUUACGGCGCGCGUGGCUAAGUUUACAUACGGCGUCUGCGGAAGUCAGCGAUACCAGCAGAGUAUACCGGACCAUGCCAGACGGGAACUCACAUCUCUGUCCUUUCGCCUUCUCAUCCGUCUACAGGGCACUCUAGUGACGGAAACCCAAGAGUUCAGAAGAUCAUUCUACCAGUCUUUUACGAAUCCUAUGGACGCGAAGUCCGUCGAGUGUCGUAUUUACGUCUAUCGCGGGCCCGGGCUUUCCCAGAAUUAUCAGUGGCGCGAUGUUGAGCCCGAGAGCUAUGCACGCCUUUGCACCGUACAGGCCGAUGCCAGCAGAGUAAUGCAGAACUUGCCCCUGACCUACGGCAACAAGGGCCGCGCGUAUUACCAUUUCGAUCACGAGAAUAUCUUGCGCUUCGGAUUAACGGAACUCCAGGCUCAAAUGUGCUGGAUCGAGAAGGUACGUUUCGUUCCAGUACUUGCCUCCGACGAAUGCUCAUCAAGUUCUUCGCUCUCUCUUGCCGUCAGGGGGUAG